AUGCUCGGGAAUCCACACGUAUGCGGUGGGAUCAUUUUAUCACUGGAUCCUGCAAUCAUUUUGACCGCCGCUCACUGCGUUGUGGAUGCACCUCACCCUUCCACGCUGAGUAAAAAUCCCUAUUUUGUGGGUUACGGUCACAUCGAGCGGUCUUAUCAGUAUACCGCCGCCGUCAAAGAUUGGAUGAUUCAUCCAAAGUAUCGGCAGCAAAAUAAUGACACCGAUAUGCAUUACGAUGUCGCCAUCUUACGACUCGCCACUCCUUUAACCGAAUCCGCAAACGUGCAACGGGUCGCCAUUUGGCCAUCGGACCGAGUUCUGCCUUCGCACACAAUAGGGACAUUGAUGGGCUUUGGAUAUACGACGGUGGGUGGAUCGGAAGCAGUGGUGAUGCAACGUAUCACGCUGAAUGUGACGCGGUUCAUUGCGAAUUCCCCGGAUAUGGUAGAAGCCAUUUCGUAUCCUCGACAGGCCAUGGCAUGCCACGGGGAUUCCGGCAGCCCCGUGGUGGUGUAUGUCCCUGCAAGCUUAUCACCGGGAGAACGCACGGCCCGUUUCGCACCGUAUGCUUUAGGUCCACUAGCUCGUAUCUUUGGCGUUCGUGAUCUGGAAUCGGAACGUCAGACAUGUCCCGUCCCUCAUCCGGCCAACAACAGUAGCGACAUGGUGAUAAACAGUUUUUGUAACUAUUCGUAUAUGCUCGGUUGGAUUGCCGAAGAAACGGGCAUUUCUAUUGACGAUCUUACGGAUCCGUUUACAAUGGCACCUGAAAAGCUUCCCAAGCCGCUGGUGAUACAGAAGCAGCGCCCCAUGAGGUGGCGAAUUGGUGUGGCUGAACCGGGUCUAUCCAUUGGUGCCAUCGGUCGUAGCAUUCGCCCGGCCCCUCCUUCGUCGCCUGCUGCCUCUUUAUCUUUAACCAACCCCAUGUACUCUCACCAAUUGUCUUUCUCAUUCAUACUAUUGAAACUGUGUUAUGUGUUACUUGUUUCGCACUUUUUAUGUAAUUUUAUGUUUUUUUAA